AUGACCUUACCCCAUCAAUCCCAACAACAAGAAGAUAGCUCAAUGCUGUCAUCUUCUGACGCUGGGCCCACCAUAUCUACAAAAAAACAAAAACAAGACCCAACUCAUUUGGAAAAUUCAGAUUUAUUGAUUGUUUCUCAGAAUGGCCUACACGAUGGAAAAGAAUCUCAUGCCUUUGCUGGGGUUCCCACAUUUAAUAACGGCACCAUCUCACCCUCAUCAACUAAUGGACUGAACUCCUCUUUUACCGAAGAAACUGUCACUUCUAAUACUCCGUCAACAUCCCCAUUAAUCGUCGAAACUAAAACCAAUACUUCUUUGUCUUUUCAGGAACCUGCAACAACAUCUACUGUAGCAAUGCCAACCAAAACAGCCACUGCUUUGGACCAAGCCUCCUCACUUACAAAUGAAAAUCAGUCCAUCACCAUGAAUCCUGAAUUGUCAAUUUCAAAUGGAACCAAUUCUACCACAUCUCAUUCUAAAGAGCUUGAAGAAGUGUCUUCUUCAGUAAACAAUCUAAGUUUGGCUGCAAAUGCGCUUCAGAUGGAUGCCGCAACAGAAGCAACUGAUGAUGCUUUGCAAAACCUUAAUUUGAAUACCCCGCCGGGAUCCCCUAAAAGUAAAUACCAUCGCUUUCACCUGCUUCACCAGGAAUUCCAAAAAGACGCCUCUCACGCUGAUGAUGGACUGGCUCAUCCGGAUAAUGAUUGUUCACCUAAACAAGACAUUCCUGGCUCUUCUGAUGGUCAAGCCCCGGAAACCUUCCAACCGGCUCCUCCGUCACCCGAACUACAACAUAAUCAAGACAAAGGGAAGGGAAAGCGAAAGUCUCAAUUUUUCAACUCCAACAUAUUUCGAGCUGCUCAGUCUCGGCCGUCAUCUCCAGCUAAUGUAGACCCUACAAUCGACGACUCAGUAGACCCAGGUGUUGCAAACGGCUCAUCGACUUUGAAAAAAUCGACGAAGCAUGGCGAGCAAGAAUCUCAAUCAAAGAGAACAUCACAUCAUUUGCACAAGUCUAGGUCAAAAUCGGAUGUUGGCUUGUAUGAUGGCCCAGAUUUACAAACUAUCCGCUUGAGACUUCGCAGCAGAAGUCGCCACUCUGAUGAACACGACCCUAGGAAAUUGGAACCUGCUGAACCUUCAGAUAAUCUCCCAGAAUCACACUCCGAUACUGAGUUGGAUCACAUUAAAAAUGACCCCUCUCCUACAGCAACUUCUCCAAGAACUGAAUUUAAACGCAGGCGUACGUUUUUGCCCAGGUAUGCGACGUUUAGUACCGCUGGUGCAAGCGUUUCCACAGGUUCGGGAGUUGCUCAUGCCGGUCGUCACCACAAUAACAUGCAACGCCAACCUUCUGAUGCUGAAAAUCCAGAAUCUGAAGUUGCUGGAGAACAUCCCCAAAGAUUUUCACGUCGUCAUACCUUGUUUUCAAUGGAUUACAACCCACCAAGCAUGGCUAUUGAUUGGAAAGACGUUAGGAAUGCUUUACGUCGGUUUAAGAAAAAGAAACAGGAAGAGCGAACCGAGGACCAAGUUCCUGAAGAUGACACCGCUCUGAUUUCUGAGCUUGCUUCUGGCACACCCUCUGCCAUGAUUAUACCAAUGUCCUUUUUGAAGGACGACCGCGGAAUUCCACGUAUUCCUGUUCUUUUGCAUCACGUUAAAGCCUCUGUUAAUGACAUUACACUUAAACCUAAUGAAAAGAAUCGGAAAUACUCGAUUGAGUUGAGCUAUGGUUCUGGGUCUACCAGCUUAAACUGGUCUAUUGUUCGUGAAUACCGAGACCUUAUUGCAAUGCACUCGCGUUUAAAAGUUUUGAGUUUCCAAAAUGUUUUCAGCACGAAGCUUCAGCUUCCAAAGUUCCCCAGUAGACAUCACGUUGCGGACCAAAUGAUUAAAGAACGGUAUCAGCAAGAACGUUUAGCGCGUCAUGGCCGCACUGCUAGUUUAAUCACUCCCAUACAUUCUAAUCCCACCUCAGCCGCGCAAACACCUGGAUCUGCUCCCGUGGCAUCCUCUUCACAUGCAACCACUCCCAACCAUGCGCCUAAUUCUGCUCCAGUUGCCCCUUCGGUACACCCACACCCUCACACACACCCGCAUCAUCACACACACUCCCAGUAUCUUAGUACAAUUGCAGACGAACAACGAUCUCGUCACUCAAUUUCAUCCGACCGCAGUGGGUCAAUCCUAUCGUUGGGCUCCAAUGCUUCUGAAAACUCACGCAAUAUCUUUCGUCGUAUUCAUAGAACAGCCUCUAUUGCCAGCAACUUGCACGCUGUGCACAGACCUUCUUUCAUUGGGGGGCAUGGAAAUGCUCAAGAGAAUGAAGAAGAAAGAGACGCCUUCAUCGAACGGCUUCGCUCUAGUGUGGAAAAGUACAUUUUGGAUUUACUUCGAGAAAUGCGUUUCCGUCCUGAAGCCAAUCGUGUUUUCCAGUUUCUUGAAUUAUCCAAUAUGAGUAUUCGACUUGCACCUGAAAACUCAUACCAUGGCAAAGAGGGAUACUUGAUUUUAAGAACCUCUGCGGCAUCUAUGGGCUGGAGAGUUUCACAUUGGAAGCCCAAUGAGCUUUCUUUAAUGAUUGACAGACAUACUUCUCGUUGGUAUCUUGUUCGAGAAUCAUAUAUUGUUUGUGUCAAUGAUAUUUCAUCAGCAAACGUUUCCGAGGUCUUUUUGGUCGAUCCUGAUUUUAACGUUACUUUCGGUAGCAGUGCAACCAUCGCACCCCCGCCUCAAGAAAAGGAAGAAACCACAGACAAGUCUCAUCAAGGUUUCACUUUCCAGGUUGAAAAUGGCGAACGCAAAAUGAAGCUUGUUGCCACUUCACAGCGUCAAUUGAGUUUGUGGGUUGAUAGUAUUAACCACAUGAAGGAAGGAACUGUUUGGAGUAAGCCCCAUCGAUUUCAUUCGUUUGCUCCUGUCAGACAAAAUGUACAAGCCAGAUGGUUUGUUGAUGCUAGAGAUUACUUUUGGACAGUCAGUGUUGCAUUGGACAUGGCCAAGGAUGUCAUUUAUAUCCACGAUUGGUGGCUUUCUCCUGAACUCUAUUUGCGCCGUCCUCCUGAUGGCAACCAGGAAUGGCGUUUAGAUCGUGUCCUUAAGCGCAAGGCCGAAGAGGGUGUUAAGGUUUUUGUCAUUGUUUAUCGUAACGUUGGCCAAACAGUCCCCAUUGACUCUAGCUGGACUAAACACUCUUUAUUGGACCUACAUCCUAACAUUUACCUCAUGCGGUCUCCCAAUCAGCUGCUACAAAAUACAUACUUUUGGGCCCACCACGAAAAGCUAUGCUUGAUUGAUCACACCAUUGGAUUCCUUGGAGGCAUUGACUUGUGCUUUGGCCGCUGGGAUACAGCCGAGCAUGUUUUGGUGGACGAUAGUCCAGUUGCAUUUUACGACCCCAACGAAAAGAGUGAGUUUAAAGGACCUACACAAAUAUGGCCCGGCAAGGACUAUUCGAAUCCUCGUCAACGCGACUUCUACAGCUUGGAUAAGCCUUAUGAAGAUAUGUAUGAUCGUAACGAGACGCCACGCAUGCCUUGGCACGAUGUUCACAUGAUGGUUACUGGCCAGGCUGCCCGUGAUUUGGUCCGGCACUUUGUGCAACGUUGGAACUAUCUUAUUCGGCAGAAGCGGCCCUCGCGCUUCACGCCGCUAUUACUUCCUCCUGCAGACUUGACACCCAUUCAGCUUCAGUCGUUGCAUUUGGAGGGCACUUGCGAAGUACAGAUUCUUCGCUCAUCGUGUUUCUGGUCGCUUGGCAUCAAGAAGCCCGAGCACAGUAUUCAGAAUGCCUAUUUGAAAGCAAUUGAAUCUUCUGAACAUUUUGUGUAUAUUGAAAACCAGUUUUUCAUUUCAUCCACUUACUACGAAGGCACUGAAAUUCAGAACCGAAUUGGCGAUGCGCUUGUUGAGCGUAUUAUUCGUGCCCAUCGCAACAAUGAAGACUGGAAGUGUGUUGUUGUUAUUCCGCUCAUGCCUGGAUUUGAGAGCGAGAUUGACGAGAAGAAUGGUUUGAGUGUGCGUAUGAUUAUGCAGUUUCAGUAUCUUACAAUCAGUCAUGGACCCAACAGUAUCUUUGGCAAGCUGUUUAAACAGAAUAUCAAUCCAGAAGACUAUAUCCAAUUUUUUUCUCUACGAAAGUGGGGUAAGAUUGGGCCCAAGAAACAGUUUGUGACUGAGCAGCUGUAUAUCCACUGCAAGACGAUGAUUGUUGACGACCGUAUUGCCAUCAUUGGGUCUGCCAAUAUCAAUGAACGCUCGAUGCGUGGCAACCGUGAUUCGGAGGUGGCGUCGAUUAUUCGCGACACUGAUACUAUUGAGUCGGUAAUGGCAGGCAAGCCGUACCGGGUUGGAAGGUUCCCACAUACUUUACGCAUGCGUCUUAUGCGUGAGCACGUUGGCAUUGACAUUGACCAGUUGGAAAUGAUUGACCAUCUUGUUGAUCGAGAACUAUCAGCGGCGACGUUAAAAAUGGUGGACCCGCGUGACUCUAACAUUAUGGAGAUGGCAAAUGGCAUUGAUCCGUCUCGUCUUCCUCGGGCAAGCUCUCUCUCUACAGAUGAUCGCCCACAGCGUAUGGAGUUGCACAGUUUCAAUCACCUGGCAGGUGUUGAGAACAUUGGGUUGCGCGAUAAAAAACCUCUUAGUAAUGAUUCUCGUGUGCAGGGCAAUGAGACUCACCGUCUGGAUGUUGAAGGGCUUGGAAUUGACAAGUUCCGUAAGCGCGAAGCAAUGGAGCACAUGGGGGUAGUCAUGACGACAAUGGCACCAACAGAUGCGGAUUCCAUGGAAGGUGUUGUUCACAAGUAUUUUGAGCAGAUGAUGAACGAUGUUGGGCUUGAUGCAAUGCUGUCGAAUGUGACGGAAAUUAAGCGUCGGUUAUACUAUUACUUGCAGACGCGUAACUGGCGUAAGGAAACCAAUACGUUUGAUGACAUUAGCUUGAUUGCAAACGGCGGGAAACCUCUUUCAAUGCAUUUUUUCCCGCAACACGCAUACGCAGACGACCAUGUGUUUCAGUUCCGGGAUUUGGAUGACUUGUCACCGUCAUUGUCGAUGGACGGUAAUGGUUCGCCAAUACACACACCUGCUAAUAGUCCACCUGGGGCCACGGCGCAUAAUUUUAAUAUCCAAGCACAUGCAGCCACUGGAGACUCGCUGCCUCCUCAAUUCUUUUCGCCUAUUGAUCCGUACAGUUUCCAGGACCCUUUGUCUCCGGAUUUUUACUACGACAUGUGGGAGCGGGUUGCGGACCAGAACACGUUGUUGUACCGCGAGGUGUUCCAUUGCCAGCCUGAUGACGAAGUGACAUCGUGGAAGCAGUACAUUGAAUUCAAGGAACUGUUUAAGCGGUUUGCCGAGAACCAGGGUCAGAAUGUACCGGAAGACAUUUUCGAAAUUAAUAUUCCUGAGACACAGCGCAGUGAAUAUGAGAUGGAAGUUUUGUCAGCAAUGAGCUCGAAUGAUUUGAAUAGAGCACCUGGUGCAGGGUUGGAGCCUCCGGCGAAUGAAGAGGAAGGUGAGGAGGGCGAAACAGGCGAUGGAAGUGAGGAUGCUGCAGCCCGGCGACGUGAGCGGGAAGCAGCUCGUCGUGAGGCUGAGGAGCAGGCCCGUAUGGAGCGGGAAAAGUACCAAGACAUGUUGCGUCGGCGACGCCAGAACCGACGGUCGUCACGUAACGUUUUAACGGCGGACGAUGUGUUCCAGCCAAGCAUUGCAGGGCGGGUUGUGCAGGGUGUGCGCGGGAAUCUUGUAUUUUUCCCGACACAGUGGCUUGCACAUGAGUUAGAGAGUGGAAACUGGCAGCAUGCCAUUGAUCACUUGCCUCCGAUUGAGAUUUACGAUUGA